AGGAUGGAUUUGGGCUGUUGUUCUCACACGUGGAUGUGAACUAAGUCAAAGAGGAGCUUUGAUUGCAAUGGAUUUCAUCUACUCCCUCCCACCAUGGAUUGCCAAGAAAAUGAAUAUUGGGACCAAUGGGGACGGUGUGUCACUUGCCAACUGUGUGGCCCUGGACAAGAGCUCUCCAAGGAUUGUGGUUAUGGAGAGGGUGGAGAUGCAUACUGCACAGCCUGCCCUCCACGCAGAUACAAAAGUAGCUGGGGCCAUCAUAGAUGUCAUAUUUGCAUCACCUGUGCUGUCAUCAAUCGUGUCCAAAAGGACAAUUGCACAGCUACCUCUAAUGCUGUCUGUGGGGACUGUCUUCCAAGGUUCUACCAAAAGACACGCAUUGGAGGCCUGCAGGACCGAGAGUGCAUCCCAUGCACGAAGCAGACCCCCACCUCUGAGGUUCAAUGUGCCUUCCGGUUGAGCUUAGUGAAGGCAGAUGUACCCACAGUGCCCCCUCGGGAGGCCACACUUGUACUGGUGAGCAGUGUGCUCAUGGUGUUUACUCUGGCAUUCCUGGGGCUCUUCUUCCUCUACUGCAAGCAGUUCUUCAACAGACAUCACCAGAAUGGAGGUUCGCUGCAGUUUGAGGCUGACAAGGCAGCGGAGGAGGAAUCUCUCUUCCCUAUGCCACCUGGCCAAGAGACCAAUCCUGAGUCCCCACUGAGUGAAAGCAUCUUUGAGACCCAGCCAUUUAACCCCAUCCUGGAUGAUGACCGCAGCUCAACUCGUGGCUUCCCCACCCAGGAAUCUUUUACCAUGGCCUCCUGCGCCUCAGAAAGACACUCCCACUGGGUCCACACUCCCAUCGAAUGCACAGAGCUGGACCUGCAAAAGUUUUCCAGCUCUGCCUCCUAUACUGGAGCUGAGACCUUGGCAGGGGGACACAGCUGAAAGCUCUGGAGAGAGGCUGGAACUCAAUGUGCCUCUUGAAGUUCCCAGCCCUUAACUCUCUACUGAGGUCUCUUGGGCUCCUGGCAGCCUUGCCCAGUCAUUCUCCCUGGACUCUCCUGCCUUAUUUCUAUACCACAGCAGCAGGGCCUGGAAUGUGGUGUCCUCAACAGCUAGUACUCUACAGAUGGGGUAUAUCUUAUCCCCUCCUACCAGAGAAUUGAUUCUUCACCAUUUUCCCAAGACUGAUCUACAGCAUUUCUUGCUUAACUAUUCUAGCUAGACUGGAGAGCUGGAUUCCAUAGCCAUGGGUCUACAAAACAUGUUCCUAGCUCAGCUUGAUUAUAGAGAAGAGGGAAGGUGCUGAGAAUUAAUUUUGUAGAGUUUUACUGAGUACAUCUUUGAUCAGGUGGACCUGAAGGAAUGGCCUCUCAGUACUCUAUUGAUACAUCUACCUAGCACUUUAUGGACAAAAAUCAAAUCCUUCCCCUUUUAGAUCCUCUGCACUGACCCUCUCCUUAACACACACACACACACACACACACACACCUACAU